AUGGUUCUGUCAAACAAGAAACUGAAGCUUAAGCUCAGAGCUGAAUUGGCCCAACAGCAAAAUCAUACCAACGAAGUCCCUUCAUCUUCGAACUCUCUCAAAACUCUUUUGGACGCUGCCACCCCCACACCCAGAUUGUCCAAGCGAGAUAAACGCCGAAAGCUUCGAUCUUCCGAACACCCCCCACAAGAACCCAACAAGGAAACUGAAACUGAGGGUUCGGCCAAUAAGAAAAACAAAAAGAGAAAGAGGAAGGUAGAGAACGAUGACGUAGCAAAUGGAGUCCCUGACAAAACACCAAAGAAGAAGAAGAAAAAGAAGCAGAAGAAGAACAAGAAGAAAAAAUCCAAAACUAAGGAAGAAAAUGGUUCUAAUGGCGGAGGGGAAGUGACAGAGGCUACGGAGUUAACCAAAACCAAUAUGACUACCAGUCAAGACAGUGUUGAUGUCCCUACAAAGGUUUAUGUUGGAGGAAUUCCUUAUUAUUCAACUGAGGAUGAUAUUCGAAGUUAUUUUGAAAGCUGUGGCACCAUAACGGAAGUUGAUUGCAUGUAUUUUCCUGAAACUGGCAAGUUUAGAGGGAUUGCCAUUAUUGAUUUUAAGACUGAAGCAGCAGCUAAACGAGCAUUGGCUCUUGAUGGAGCUGACAUGGGAGGACUAUUUCUUAAAAUCCAACCAUACAAAGCAACGCGAGCCAAUAAAGCAUCUGAUUUUGCUCCAGAAAUUUUGGAGGGGUACAACAGAGUAUAUGUUGGGAAUUUGUCAUGGGAUAUAACAGAGGAAGAACUGAGGAAAUUCUUUAAUAAUUGCAAGAUAACUUCGCUACGAUUCGGUAUGGACAAGGAGACAGGUGAGUUUCGAGGUUAUGCCCAUGUGGAUUUCAGUGAUAGUCAGUCACUGAAAACAGCACUUACGUUGGACCAAAAUGUUUUGUAUGAGAGACCUGUCAGAAUAAGUUGUGCAGUUCCUCUGAAGAAAAAACUAGGAACUCGUUCAAGCUCCACAAUUAAUGGAGCUGAUGGUGGUAAAUCAACUUCCUUAGGAAAUGGCAAUAUGAAUGGAGCUGAUGGUGAUAAAUCAAGUUCCACAGUAAGUGGCAAGAUGAAGAGGAGGACGUGCUAUGAAUGUGGUGAGAAAGGACAUGGUUUUUCAGAAUGCCCUAAGAAACAAGCAGGUGCUGCAACUACAACCUGA